AGAAGGAGAAAAAGUUGUCAACAUUAACUACAGGGGUUUAUUUUAUCAGCUGUUUUAACUAAAACUGAAAUAUAAAAUUUAUUUUGUAUUGAAUGCUUGAUUCAUUCGAUCAUUUAUAAACGAUAAAUAUUAUUCCGCGUAUCAGUAAUAAAAACUGCACACAAAACGGCUAUGUCGCGGUUUAGUGGAGCACUCCAACUUACGGAUUUGGAUGAUUUUAUUACACCGUCUCAGGAAUGUAUAAAACCAGUUAAAAUUGAAACAAAGAAAUCUAAGACUGGGUCGAAGAUCACCAUUCAAGACGAUGGAUCGUACAUGCAAGCAACAUCUAGUGGUCUUCAAAAAUUAGAGAAAGUGGAGAUAACUUUGGCAGAUUGUCUGGCCUGUUCCGGUUGUAUUACUUCUGCAGAGGGCGUGUUGAUUACCCAGCAAAGUCAGGAAGAACUUUUAAAGGUAAUGAACGAAAACAAUCUGGCCAAGUUGAACAACCGUCUGGAUACAGUCAAGUGUAUUGUAUUUACCAUUGCGCAACAACCGAUCAUAUCACUAGCAAAACGAUACAAUUUAACACCGGAAGACACUUUCGAGCACAUUGCAGGAUAUUUUAAAAAAUUAGGAGCGGACAUAGUACUCGACACAAAAAUAGCGGAUGAUUUAGCUCUAAUCGAAAGCCGAAAUGAAUUUAUCGAACGGUACAACACUAAUAGUCAAAUGUUACCUAUGCUGGCUUCCGCAUGCCCCGGAUUCGUUUGUUACGCAGAAAAAACCCACGGUAAUUUUAUUCUUCCUUACAUAGCAACCACAAGAUCUCCUCAGCAAAUAAUGGGAGUUCUGGUUAAAAAGUACCUCGCUAGAAUGUUGGGUGUUAGUGGCGAUCGUGUCUAUCACGUAACAGUAAUGCCAUGUUAUGACAAAAAGUUGGAAGCAUCGAGGGAAGAUUUCUUUUCGGACGUUGAGAAUUGCCGCGAUGUAGACUGUGUGAUAACAUCAAUCGAAAUCGAACAAAUGUUAGAUAGUUCCGGUGUCCAAGCACUGCAAAUCGUAGAAAAAACUCCUAUCGAUUGGCCAUGGCCAGCACCUCGGCCACCCGUUUUUGUGUGGUCCCACGGAAGCUCGGGAUCCGGUGGAUACAGUGAAUUCAUUUUCAAGUACGCUGCCCGCAAGCUGUUCAAUAUUGCCAUUGACCAAGUAGAAUUCAAGAACCUACGAAACAAUGAUCUUCGCGAAGCAGUAUUAGAACAGAAUGGCGAAGUGGUUCUCCGGUUUGCGAUUGCCAACGGUUUUCGUAACAUUCAAAAUAUGGUACAAAAGUUGAAACGCGGCAAGUGCACUUAUAAUUAUAUUGAAAUAAUGGCUUGUCCAUCGGGUUGUUUGAACGGAGGAGCUCAGGUUCGUCCGAUACAUGGAGAAACACAGCGGGAUCUAACAGCGCAACUGGAGGCAAUGUAUAACUGUUUGCCGCAAUCCAGUCCUGAAAACGAGGCAGUUGAAGCGGUUUAUACCACGUUUCUAGAUAAUUCGGGCGACAAUAACAAACGGAAAGAGUUCUUACACACCAGUUAUCAUUCUAUCGAAAAGUUAAAUACGGCUUUGAAUAUUAAAUGGUGAACCGUGCUGUUUUAAGAUUUUUGUUAAAUAAUUGGUAAAUAUAUCCACUAUACGUUUAUUGAACCGGGAAAAAGAUGUAAAUAAUUAUAAAGACAAUUCAAACCAA